CUCUCUCUCUCUCUCUCUCUCUCUCUUAGGAAGCUCUGAGAGUAAGAAUGAAGAGUCAUGAAAAUGUUUCCCUCAAAACAAGCAGAGGAAAGUCCCGCGUGGUUAGUUCACGUUACCUCUCUCCGUUAUCAUCUUCUUCUCCUAACCGCAGAAACUCCACUUCCAAUUCAUCUGCCAACAACGUGGUCCAUCUCGGUCUGAGAAAGCAUGAUCAUCGGAUGUCAGAUGGCACACUCCCGAUCCCAAACCAAAGUAAUGGUCCUGAAGUCGACACAAAAGAAAACUGUAGGUGGAUCGAUGAUGAGGUCAUACUUCCUGGCAGAUUUUCUGUUGACGAAUGUGCAUUGCACAGAGCAGCAUCAGCAUCAUCAUCAUCAAGGAGAAACUCAUCCUCCUCUCUACUAUGCUAUAAUGAUGAAUCUGAUUCAGAGUCUAGUGAUGUGUCCUUUGCUUCAACUCUUACCGCAAAUAAACCUGGUAUCAAAGUCUCUUCUAAAUAUCUGCAUGAUCAUGCACCCACCAAAGGGUGCACCAUGAGGUUACAACAACAAGGUUCCCAGAGCUUUAGGGGCACUACUGAGACUAGUGUAACUAAGAGGACUAAUUCAGCGGCUAGGUAUGGCAGUUCCAUGUCUAGGUGGGCGAUGUCACCAGGAAGAUCAUUGGAAGCUCAUCAGGCCUCGAGCAUAUAUCCAAGUUCGAACCUCAAGCCUCCAAGAGGCAAAGGCAUUGGUAAACUAUUCAACCUUGGUUUCGAUUUCUUCAGGAGCAAGAAGAACAAGUCUUCUCCCAUAUCAUCAUCAUCUUCACCAUUAAAACCAAAGACAGAGUCUUCUCAUCAGCUAAAGCUUAUGAACAAUCGGUUGGUUCAGUGGAGGUUUGUCAAUGCUAGAGCGUCGGCUGCAAACAAUAAUGUAGCCUCCCGAGCAAAGAAACAACUACUAUGUGCGUGGGAUACUCUUACCAAAUUACAAAAUUUGGUUCUACAAGAGCGAAUUAAUCUGCAAAAGAAAAAUUUGGAAAUGAAGCUGGCUCAUGUCCUUCUUUCUCAAAUUAAGCAUCUUGAGGCAUGGGAGGAUAUGGGAAGACAACACUUGUCAUCUAUUUCCAUGACCAGACAAGCCCUGCAUUCUCUUCUUUCCAGGGUUCCCCUAAGGGAAGGUGCAAAGGUGAACAUAGAAUCUGCUGUCACUAUAUAUCGGAAGGGAGAAGCAGUCUCUGAUGCUAUCAUUUCAACUGUGAAUAGUUUUGCUCCUACGAUAGAGGAUAUCGUUCAAAUUGCCUCUCAACUUGCUGAAGUGGUGGCACAGGAGAAGCUAAUGCUGGAGCAGUGCCAUGAUCUUCUAAGAAUGAUAUCUGAGUUAGAGAUGCAGGAGAGGAGCUUAAAGUGCUGCCUUAUGAUUCAACACAAAAAGACUUUGUAUACAAAACUUGUUCAAGACUAGGUCCUUGGUUUCCACUGCUUUUUAUCUCGGUUUCUUAGGCUAUUCUGUAUUAGUAAAAGUUAGUAGUAGUAUUUUGAGAGCAUUAUAAAAGAUUAGUAGAACAUUAUUGUAGACAAAUAAAGGCAAGAGUUUUACUCUGGUUCCAGAUUUAAUUAGCUUAAUGGCCAUUUACAGUUAUGUGAUACGUACUUAUCUAGCUUAUUACAUACAUGGAUCAAUUCAAAUAAAAAUAAAAAUGACUGACAUUACAUUUCCAAGUAACAAAGUC